GUUACUGUAGGUCAAAUCCAGAUUUUAUUUAGAAAUCAGAAGAAUGCAAGCCAGAGAUAGUUAAAAGCCUAAUGAUUGGCCGUUAAAGCUUAGUUUAAGCUUAUCCUUAUCAAUUUUGCAACCCUAACGCAAAUUCUAGACCGCUAAACAUUUCAACUCCAAUCUUUAUUCUAGCCCGUCACUUUCCUCAUUUGUCAUUUUCCAUUCGCCAUGCUGUAAGCCAACCAACAUGUUAUAGAUAUGUUUGGUAACCCGUGCAAGGUUAUAUCAGCCCGUCAGCGGCCUGCAAUAACUCGCACAAUGCUUUAUUACCUAUGUAGGCUUGAAAAGAUUAUAUACCUCCCGACAUCCAUUUCUUCUGGACGAAACGGCCGACAAUCUUUUAUAUCUUAGUAUCUAGCUACGCGGAGCAAGCUCCUACGUUGAAUACUCUGGUGCCUUGAGGCUCUAGGUUCGUCGAUCCAAUUCUGGAACAAAUUGCCGAUGUCUUCAAGCAUGCGCAACUCAAGAGAAAACUGGAAUGAGUGGCCCGUCUUUAGUAGAGAAAGUUCCAAAGCUGCUGCUGUUGAUGAACAAGUGAUGACUGGAGCCGACAAUUCGGAGAAGAUCGAACCAGACACUGCUAUUAAGAAUGAUGCAUCAUCACAAGAGAAGAUAUAUCCAAGCGGAUGUAAAUUUCUUCUCAUCACAUUGGGUAUCAUGGCUGCUGUUCUGGUGGUUGCUCUCGAUAACUAUAUCAUAUCAACAGCUAUCCCUCGAUUAGCCACAGACUUCAAGUCAAUCAAUCUGACUGGAUGGUACAGCAGCUUUUAUUUUUUGACAAUCAUGGCUUUUCAGCCAGCUCAUGGACAGACAUUCACAUUCUUCUCAGUAAAAUGGGAAUUAUUGAUCAGUAUCCUGUGGCUUGAAGUUGGUUCUAUCAUAAGUGCAGUCGCCCCUAAUUCAAUUGCCUUCAUUUUUGGGCGUCUGAUUUGUGGUGCAGCUGCAGGAGGAAUCUGGUGUGGAACACUUACGCUCGUUACUAAUGUCGUUCCUCCUGCAAAGCGUUAUCUAUACGUGCCGCUAGUUACUAGUAUGUACGGUGUGUCCUCCGCAGCUGGACCGCUUCUUGGAGGCUUAUUUACAGAUUCGAAGCUCACCUGGCGAUUCUGCUUCUGGUUGAACCUGCCUAUCAGUUUUGUUGCCUUCUUGUUGAUUGUGUUUUUCCUUGAGCCACCAGAACUUUCGGAGCUGGGGAAAAGCCUGACUAUAAAGCAAAAGAUUAUAAGGAUCGACUUUUUGGGCACGCUUCUUCUGAUUGCAGCGUUCACCUGCUUUUUCUCGCAGCUCAAUGGGGUGGCACCACAUACGCGUGGUCUAAUUCCAAGCAGCCUUCACUUAUCUCCAGGUUCGGCUUCAAGACCGCGCGACAAUUCCCAUUCGGGCAUUGCGAAACUUCACAGCCUUACUGUGCCUUCUUUAUCAACUUUUCAUCUCUAUGGUCAUAGCGAUACAGAUUUAAUUAUUUGCCUUUCUACUUUCAGUCCGUACUUGGGCAUUCCGCGGCUUCAUCAGGAGUUCUCACCCUACGUAAUGACGCUACUUCUUUCACCAAUGGCUAGUGGUGCUUAUAUUACCACCUACGGUCAUUACAUCCCAAUCAUGUAUAUUGGGGCUUGCCUAGCUGUUGUGGGCUCUGGAAUGUUAUCUACACUCACCAUCACAAGCAGUCAGGCACAGUAUGUGGGCUAUCAAGUUAUAGUCGCUUUGGGAGCUGGUACAGUUCAACAGAUUGCCUUCACUGCUGUGCCUUUAGCACUUCCACCGGCGGAUGUAGCUACUGCGAGUGCGCUAGUAUCUUUCUGCAACAGUCUUGGGCCGGUAGUGGCCCUUAUUGCCGGAAACAUUCUUUUCACCAACCUCUUUGGAAGCAAAUUGGCAGAAAUUCCAGGGUUGAGUGGAAAAAUUACUGGAUCAGAAAUCAAGGGACUGGUAGACAUUGGAACACUCGUAACAGCCCAGUACGUGGCAGGUGUCAAAUAAGUCGGACGCUUUUGUUUGCGAUACGAGCUGCAGGAUUAGCCGCAUGCUGUGGUCUCGUAAUCCAGCUUCUUUCGUGGAAAAAGAAAAGAAUAAGCAGUCCAACGUCGGGAGAGAUGACGAGAAAAGGCUUCAGCAGAGUGAUGCGAAGGUCUAGCUUGUUUUCGUACGUGAACUUCCGCGCAGAAGACCCUUCUUCAUGAUAGCUAGUACUGUAUAAACAUCUCUUAUCUCCCAUGAUCCAAGUUUAGCAUUCAGCUCUGUCUGGAACACUCCAGGGUGAUUUAGACAUAUUUGUAAAUACCCGAAUCUGGCCUAUUGAAGAUCGCAAUAUAGCUUAAAACUUCUAUCUAGUAAUUUUUGUCAUGCACCUUCUGACUACCAUUCUAUCAACGAUCCAAAAAGAAAUUCGAGUAUCACUGCUUUGCACACGCCAAUCAACGGUACACGGUCUGACAGAAGGAUGGC